CUUCUCGUUAGAAAACGUCAAAACACAAGAAAAGGAUAACGCCUAAAAUUUAAUUUGCAGAUGGAGAAAAAUGCUGAGUGCGCAUGUUUGUUCACUCCGGUGAUAUAAUCGAACUUUCUUGCUCUCUCCUCUCAUCGUAAAAUGAAUUUUCCGUUUGUUUCUCGCGAAAAUCUUCUUAUUUGUCCAAUAGAUGAAACAUUGAUCAACUUAACCCGCUUCAAGUAACCGAAAUCCUCAAGGAAAUGUUCUUCAAUAACUUCAUUAAACGGAUACUAUCAUCUCUGCUUCGUCCAUGGCUGGAACAAGAUCUCGAGCUAGACCUCCAGUUAGGGUUCAUAAAUUCCACCGCCGUCGCCAAAAACAUACGCCUUGAUACGUCUACUCUCAACCGCCUGAUUAUAGACGGUUCAUCGUCUUCGCGGUUCUUUUUCAAAGAAUUCGUUAUUGAGGAGUUCGUUGUUCGAUUCUCAAAUUGGUCAGAUUCUGCCUUCGUUUUCGAAGCUCGUGGAGUCAAGGUUACCAUGUCGCUUGAGGAAAUGGAAGAGGAAGGUACUGCAAAAGUGCGAAAUCCGAGUAAUGCAGCGUUGGAGAGUUUGAAGAAGGAUUUAUCCCUGAUAGAUCCCGAGGGUAGUGCUCUGCAUGAUAUUUUGGAAGCAAUCUUGGCUACUACUUGUGGGAGAAAUCGGUUUCAGUCUUCUUUUUUGAAUCUCAUUCUCCAACAUUGCCGUCUACAGAUACUUGGUAUUAAUUUGCAAGUGCAAUUUCCCACUUUAGACGAUUCCUUCGUAUACCUGUUGGAUUUAGAGAAGCUUAAUGCAGAAUCUCUACAUUUUGUUCAUGGAUGCCUUUGCAAGGGUCUUGUUAAUGUUCUCUUUCUACCUCUGAAGGAGGGAUCUUUGGUUGUAAGUGGUAGUUCCUUUAAGAUAGGAUAUAAGAAAAGCAAUCAAAUUAACCAUGUUUGUUCCUCCAGUGCACUGGUUACUUGCAUCAAGUUAAAUGAUCUUGAACUUGUUGAGUUCAAUCUUCGUGCUUCAGAAUUAAGUUUCUCAUUUUCUCCGGUUGAUUUUCCUGUUUUCAUGGAACUUAGUAAAGUGCCUUCAAAAGAAUUCAAGCGGGUAAGGAAUGGCCGGUAUCUAUGGAGAAUAGCAGCAAUUAAAAUAGGCCAUGUAAUUUCAUCUCCCAAAUUAUCAUGGUACAAGCUAGUUAGCCUUACUAGUUUGUGGAUGCAUUAUGUGAAUCACUAUGAGUAUUUAUUGUCACUGAUUCAAUAUUCCCCUAAUCACUUAUUGGAAAGACCUGAUAUUAAGAUGCUAAGAGACAAGGUAAAUUUGAAAUCUGCUAAGCACUAUUGGGAGGUGAUUUUUGACAUUGAGAAAGAGCUGCCUGCAGAAGCUAUUGCACAGGCUCGGAAAAUAGCUCGAUAUAAGGCUUUGUCAAGUGGUGAACAGCCUGAAAAUUACUCAGAACCCUCUGUUAGCGCUCAUUUCAAAACCUUUGUUCAGAAAGUUAUGCAAAAAAUCCAUCCAUUAGAGCACCUUCUCUUUUGGAGGAGAUCUGCAAAGCAAGAUGAAAUGUUUGCCAGACACUUGGGAAAUGUUUCUGAGAAUUCUUAUUCAUGCUUCCGCUUCAUUUUAAGUCUUGGGAAAAUUUACAUUACCCUUUCUUCAAUGAGUGCAGUCGAGCCUGUUAAUGAAAAAGUGAAAUCACGUAUUGGGAUCUCAUAUUCAGAUGGUUUUUUAUUCCGUCUCUCUAUUAAAGUGUUUUUACUCAUGUACACAAAAGACAUCUUUAAACAGACAUUAUCUUUUUCCUGUGGAAAAGUAAAAGUGAAGUAUUUCAUCAGUUCUGUUGGAGAAGAAAAUGAGAGAGUUAAGAAUUUGAAAGUUAUUCUGCAUGGUGAGCCUGCAAAAAUCUUUCUCUUCUCAGAAAGCAAUAAAUCCAGUACCAUAAAUCAUGCUGAAGGUGGGUGUGAUCCAUGUCUAGAAAAUUUUAUAGGAAAAAUGUGCUUGGAUUGGAUAAGAGAUUGCGAGCAGUUUGAAGAAAGUGAAAUCAAGUGUCCUCAAAGUCCACAGCUUCUUUUUGAGAUGAAAAGCUUUUUGAGACAUCCAGAUUUGAAAAAGCUAGGUUCUGGGCUUUGGAAAUGCAAUCUGACAGUGGGAAAGUUCAACAUAGCAUUGCAAUAUCCAUCAGUGAUAUCAGUUGUCAUGCUUCUUAGGCAGAUACAACAUGCUCUACACUGGACUCAAGGAAAUGAGAGUGCCAGGGAUCUUCCAUAUUCUCCUCAAAAUACUACUGUGCACCAGCCAGAGGAUAGUUGGGAAAAUAAAUAUGAGUGCUAUUCUAGUAAAAUAAAGAAGUUCUUUACGAUAAUGCUUCCUGGGAAAUGCAUUCAAAUAGGAGUGCUUAUAGCUGGUCCUUGCAUCCAACUCUCAUCGAGGAAGACCGGAACAAGGAAUGCAAAUGAAGGUGUGAACAACCAUGUAGUUAAUGAGGAUGAUUUUCACCUUGGAUUUGAUAUCCAUGAUAUUGAAGUUGUUGUUUGGCCAAGUUCAAAGUCUGGUUUGGCACCUAUACAUGCCUUCACAGAACAGGAUGAUGAAUAUCCUGAGUGCCUCAGGUUGCAGGAGCCUAAGAUACUUGAUAUGCCGAAACUGGAAAAUAAUAAGUAUACAUCUAAGGAUGCAAAUUCACUUCAUUUCUGUCUGAAGCUCAAUGGUUUGCUGGCUUACUUGGAGGACACUGUAGACAGACACAAAAACCAAAUAUUUGUAUUGGAUCCCAUAACAUUUCGAUUUUCAUCCUUCAGGCAGUGUGCUCAUUCGUUUAGCACAAGCUCUAUUGCUUUUUCAACUGCUUUUUAUGGGCUGGCGAUGGGAUUUGCGCUGUUAUUAUUUAUGGAUGAGUUGUGUGUUUGCUUUCAGGCUCUAACUGGUUUGUCGUCUGAUUUAUCACAUAUUUGUAACAACUUUGGUUCCCCUGCUAAUGAAUCCUUCCAAAUGUUGAGACACUAUAGAGUUUCUGGGGCUACCAAGGAUGAAGAGCUUUCAAUAGCGACACCUUUGAUGUGUAAUAACACGUUUUUAAUUAAUGGCAUCAUUAAACUCAAGUCAAUGGAUAUCUUUCUCUGUGGUUCUAGGAUCAGGAAUAAAGCAAGGGGUUCUAAGAUGGUUUUUGGUGCUGCUAGUAGGACAAAUUCAGCUGCGGAUAACUUAUCUGAUUGUGGUAUUUGGAUUUCACUCCCUCAAAUGUGUUUUGACAUAUUAUAUGAAGAAAUGAAAUUGGAAUUACUCAUUGAUUUAUCAGGAAUUCAAUCUGUGAUCGUCAGAUACCAGGAGUACAUAAAAAAAAGGUUUAAUCGCUCUGCAUUUAGAGCGUUCCUUCUUUGUUCACACAAUUGCUUAUAUGAGGUAUUUCUAUCUCAUUGCAUAUUUACUUUAUUAUUGAGUAUGCCUCAGAAUUCCACUUCAGCUAGUGUGAAUGAGAUGCUAGAUAUUUCUACUUCUGAGGUUAGUACAUCAAAUAUGGCGGAAGAUACAUCUUUUAGCAGUGAACUGCAGCCAAGUGUACAGUCUCCUGAUUUUCUUAAAAAGUUGGGAUUUACUUCAAAUAUCUCAGUGCCAGCCUCAAGCCAUUGGAUAUUCAUGAAAAUGGAAGUGGCUGAAGUUUUUGUGACAAGGUGUUCAGUGAAAAAUAUUCUGAUUGGUGCACAAAAAGUAAAUAAGCUUCGGUCAUCUCUUCAUGUUGGGGCAAAAUCCCAGGCAAUUACAUGGGGGAUCCAGGACGGUUUUCUUUGCCUUGAAACAGAAGCUUUGGCAAUGUUUAUCCAGUGCUCUGCUUCCUACCUACAUCACAUUAAAAAUGCAUUGUCUAUUGUGAAAUCAACUGUGAGGAGCAAGCCACGACCUGCACAUGAUCAUUUUGUUGGUGGACAUGCCCAAGAGAUGCUACUUACAUCUCAGCAAGUCAAAUGGGAACUGCCUGAAGCUUUUAAUUUUGAUGUCUCUCAGUUUUCUCUUGCUCUUGUUGUUGAAAGUGAAUCAUGUCAUAUUCGGGAAUUUGUAUUGGAGCUUGAUCUUAUUCUGAACCUUGAUUUGGAUAAUAUGCAACAGAAGUUUAUGCUUAAGCUUUCUCGGUUAUCAGUCUUUUCUCAAGACAUUCGACAAAGUGGAGAAGAUGAAAUCCAAGUUUUUAAUUUCUCUUCUGCCCAGUCAAAUUUACCUUCUCAGCGUUUAUCUGGAGAAUCUGCUGUAGCAUUUCAGCGUGAUGGCAGUUUUCGGGUUGAUGACAGUUACCCUAGAGCUUCUGUUUCUGAGGGGGCAUUUUGCUUGCGUCAUCAAGGAUAUAUCUUGAAACAUUUAACUGCUUCUUUAUCAGUUGAGAAGGGCAAAGUUAUUCCUUUGGACCCAGAACAGGUUUGGGUUGGCAGUGGUUCUGUUUCAGGUUUUGAUAUGAAAAUUUCGUUGUCUGAACUAGAGAUGAUUCUGUCCAUGGUCUCAUCCUUCUCUGGGUUAUCUCUCAAAGGCUCAAGUGGUCAAUCUGUGCAAAGGAACUGGUCUUAUAACACACCAGAUGACAAUGAUUUUGAGGCGAGGAUCCCUAAUGGGGCCAUUGUUGCUAUUCAAGAUGUACAUCAGCAUCUUUACUUCACAGUUGAAGGUGGAGAAAAUAAGUAUGCUGUAGGAGGUUCUGUUCACUAUUCUUUUGUUGGAGAAAGGGCUCUUUUCAGGGUCAAGUACCACAAACAAAGGAAAUGGAACUCGUCAGUUUUGUGGUUCUCCUUGAUAUCACUGCAUGCUAAGGACAACUCAGGAGAGCCAUUGCGAUUAAAUUCUAAACCAGGGUCAGGUUUUGUUGAGCUCUCCAGCACCUCUGAUAAUGCUUGGUCACUUUGGAGAGUUCUUUUUUAUCAACCAACUUAUGAUGGUGACAUUGACUGGGAGCCUUACAAUUGUGUGCUUAGAAACAGUUUUUACCUGGUGAACAAGAAGAAUGACUGUGCUGUUGCUUUCAAUGAUAGGGUUCCAGUGUUUGUCAAAAAGCCUGGAAAUCCACUCAAGUUCAAAGUGUUAAGUGAUAUGUCGGUUGCACAAGAUGUUGCUGAAACUGAGAUAAAUCUUGGAGCACAUGAAGAUGGAAAGAGAAGCUACGGGCAGAGAGGAAAUCUGCCUUGCAUUGGUAUUAGUAUUGACAAAGUUUCUUUAACCAUCUUCCAUGAACUGUCAGAUGCAAAUGACAGGUUUCCUCUCCUUCAUGCUUGCAUCUUUGAUACUCAAAUAACUUUACAAAUUCUUUCCACUAAAACCAGAGUUAUAAGCACCUCAAAGGCUUUGCUUCAACAUUUUGAUGCUCAUGCAAACUUCUGGAGAGAUUUUCUUCACCCUGUUGAAAUAUGUACUUUCUAUCGUUCUAGUCCCCAAAAUCAACAUGGUGUGCCUGUCCAUGUCUAUUGUAGAACCAAAGAGUUGGAGAUAUCUCUAACUGAGCUUUCCUUGGACAUUCUUCUUUUUGUGGUCGGAAAAUUAAAUUUGGCCGGUCCUUUUUCCCUGAGAAGCUCGAUGAUUCUGGCCAACUGCUGCAAGGUAGAAAACCAGACAGGUUUGAACCUUCUUUGUCGCUUCUCUGGUAAGCAAAGUGUGACGGUGGGCAGGAAACAGUCUUCUUCCAUUUUUCUAAGGCUCUCAGCUUUUGAAAGUCAACCUCCAGAAACAGAAUCGGUUGUUUCAAUCCAGCUUUCUGUUCCUGGUUCAUUUACAACUUCACCAGUUCAUCUUUCUCUUCUAGGAGCUCAAGUACUUUCUUGGAGAACACGCAUAUUGUCACUUCAAGAUUCAAAAUCUUACCCUGGUCCAUUCAUUGUGGUUGACAUUUCAAGGAAACAAGAGGAUGGUUUGUCGAUAGUAGUUUCUCCAUUAAUCAGAAUACAGAAUGAAACUAAAUUGUCUAUUGAGCUACGGAUUAGACGACCUGAAAGAAUGGAGGAUGAGUUUGCAUCUAUGUCCUUAAAGGCUGGUGAUACAUUUGAUGAUUCCAUGGCUUCAUUUGAUGCUAUACAUUUUUCUGGAGGAUUUAGGAAAGCAUUGAUGUCGUUAAAUGUUGGUAACUUCUUAUUUUCUUUUAGACCUGAAAUGUCACAUGACUUGAUACAAUCCGAUACUUCACUUUCAGUCGAGUGGUCAGAUGAGAUUAAAGGUGGAAAGGCAAUUCGCCUUUCUGGAAUUUUUGAUAAAUUAAGCUAUGAAGUACGAAAGGCUUUAUCUGUUGGAUCAGUGAAAUGUUCCUUUAGCACGGCCUCCUGUACAGUCAAAUCUGCAGCUGGACAUGUUUCUAACAUGCACUUUUUAAUUCAAAGCAUUGGAAGAGAAGUUCCUAUCAUGAAACCUGAUAAGUCCAAGGAUGGGCUUGAAAAUAGAAAUGCACCAAUUUCACUACAAGAGCAGAAAGAAAUUUGUAUUCUCCCCACUGUGCGAGUUUCCAAUCUUCUGCACUCAGAAAUACACGUGCUUUUGACUGAGACAAAUUCGUGUACCCCUACUGGCCAUGACAACAUUGGGAAGGAGGCAACUCUACCUUGCAGAUCAACUGUUGAUUUUUAUGCUAAUCCUGCUAUAAUGUACUUUUUGGUUUCAUUAACUGCUUUUAGUUCAACAUCUAAACCAGUAAAUAGUGGAGAAUGGGUCAAGAAGUUACUGAAGCAUAAGACUGGUGUUCGUUGCUUGGACAUUGACCUGGAUUUCUGUGGUGGAAAAUACUUUGCAUCCUUAAGAUUAUCCCGUGGAUACAAAGGCAUAUUAGAGGCUACUGUUUAUACACCAUAUAUCCUGAAGAAUGAAACCGAUUUCUCUAUGUUCUUCUUUGCUUCUGGUCAGAAGCCUCCGUUUAGAAAUGAAAUGGAGGGCAUUCGUCCUGAAUUAGGUUUAUUUUUACCCCCAAAGUCAACAGGGUCAUGGUUUUUGCGAUCCUGUAAGAUGCAUCUCAGGUUAUUCGAAAAUCCUGCAUCUGAACCACAAAUUGAUUUGGAUACUCUAUCAGGCCCUACAGAAGUAAGUCUGGAGAUAGCGGAAAGAUCUGGAGUGAAAUAUAUUGCAAAGUUUGGGGUAUCUAUUGCACCUUCCUUGAAUAGUGUUGUUCCUUCACAAACAAUAACAAUUGCUCCAAGGCACGUUGUGCUGAAUGAGUCAGAGGAAAAUAUUACUGUUCGUCAGUGUAAUUUGGAGGUUGACACAGCUGGCAUGAUUUCCAUCAACAGUAGACAGAGUGCAGCACUAUUGCUGCAGAAAGAAAUUGGCAAGAGGGCAGAAUACAGUUUAUUUGAGAAUAUCAUCAAAAAGCAUAGAAAUGAUUUUGAUAGUUCUUUAAUAUAUAUUCAGUUUCGGUUGAAUGAGUCUCAGUUGGACUGGUCAGGACCAUUAUGCAUCACUUCAUUAGGACGUUUUUUCCUAAAAUUUAGAAAGCAUUCUAGUCAGUUGACAGCAGAGGACAAAAAGAUUGCAGAAUUUGCAGAAGUUCAUGUAGUCGAGGAAGGUUCUACAAUUGUAGUGCGCUUCCAAAAACCACCAAGCAGCAAGCUCCCGUAUCGGAUUGAGAAUUAUCUGCAUGGUGCAUCCCUCACUUACUAUCAGAAGAAUUCAUCAGAGUCAGAGUUUCUUGGAUCUGAAUGCUUUGUUGAUUAUACCUGGGAUGAUGUUACACUUCCUCGUAAACUGGUUGUUAUACUAAAUGAUAUGAAUCUGCCGCGAGAAAUCAACUUAGACAAAGUGCGGACAUGGAAGCCCUUUUAUAAACUUACACAAGAAAGGUUAGCGUCUCAUAUACUUUUUGACAAAAAAUCCAAGGGUAAGAGAAGUAGAUUUGGUGAGCAUCAGGGCAUGAAUGCAGUAAGGGUGGGAUAUGAAGUAUAUGCAGAUGGUCCCACACGUGUUUUGCGGAUUUGUGAGUUUUCAGAUAGUCAUAAGCAAGACAAAGCUUUUCACUCAUGUGCUAAGAUUCGGAUGAGAGUUUCCCAGUUUGCUAUCCAAUUGCUUGAGAAGGCAAAAGAGGAUUUAAACCAGAGUGGAACACUUUGUUAUACACCAUUUGCUGUUGCAAGGCUUCAUAACAUUAGUCUGGAUUCUUUGUUCAUGGACCAACAGAAAUAUAACCAGAUUGCUGUACAGUCAUUGACGGUUGAUGUCAAGUGGAUGGGAGCUCCUGUUGCAUCAAUGCUACGUAGACAUCGGUUAGAUGACAGUGAUGCAAAUGAUAGCAUACUCAAAAUCAUAUUUGUCCUACUUUCAGCAGGCGCUGAUGUUAAACAAGUUAAAUAUGCAUCUGUUAUUCUGCAGCCAAUUGAUUUGAAUAUUGAUGAGGAUACUUUGAUGAAAAUCGUCUCAUUUUGGAGAACAUCUCUGAGUGACUCAAGUUCUCCGAGUCAGCAGUUUUAUUUUGACAAUUUUGAGAUCCACCCAAUAAAGAUUAUUGCAACUUUUGUUCCUGGGGAAUCCUAUUCUAGUUAUAAUUCAGCCCAGGAAGCUCUGAGAACAUUGCUACAUAGUGUUGUAAAGGUUCCUCCUAUAAAAAAGGUGGCUGUGGAGCUAAAUGGUGUCUCGGUUACUCAUGCUCUAGUAACAAUUCGUGAAUUGUUAAUAAGAUGUGCACAACAUUAUUCAUGGUAUGCCAUGAGGUCCAUUUCUAUUGCUAAAGGUAGCCAACUACUGCCCCCAGCUUUUGCGUCGAUAUUUGAUGACUUAGCUUCGUCUUCCCUUGAUAUCUUUUUUGAUCCUUCUCAAGGCUUGAUGAAUCUUCCUGGUUUCAAAUGGGGUACCUUUAAAUUCAUCAGUAGAUGUAUUGAUCGUAAAGGUUUCUCGGGAACAAAACGCUACUUUGGUGAUCUGGGUAAAACUCUAAAAACAGCAGGCUCUAAUGUAAUUUUUGCUGCUGUUACCGAAAUAUCUGACUCUGUUUUGAAGGGGGCAGAAGCAAGUGGUUUCAAUGGGAUGGUGAGUGGAUUUCACCAAGGAAUAUUAAAAUUGGCUAUGGAGCCUUCGGUCCUGGGUACAGCCUUGAUGGGGAGUGGGCCAGACAGAAAAAUCAAGCUUGAUAGGAGCCCUGGGGUUGAUGAGUUGUACAUUGAAGGAUAUCUACAAGCUAUGUUAGACUCAAUGUACAGGCAAGAAUAUCUUCGAGUGAGAGUAAUUGAUGACCAGGUUUUCCUCAAAAAUCUACCUCCUAACAGUUCCCUCAUAAAUGAGAUCAUGGAUAGUGUGAAGGGGUUUCUUAUAAGCAAAGCAUUAUUGAAAGGAGAUCCUGCAACAGCUUCCCGCCCUUUUCGCAAUGUUCAAGGAGAAAGUGAAUGGAGAAUAGGACCGACCAUCAUAACAUUGUGUGAGCACCUGUUUGUGAGUUUUGCAAUCCGUAAAUUAAGAAGUCAAGCGGAUAAAUAUAUCGCAAUCAUCAAAUCGAAGAAAGAAGCAGAGAAAGAUGAAGCGAAAGAGAUUGUCCCUGCAGACACGGGAGAAGUGCAGAAGGUAAGGUUUAUAUGGAAAUGGGGAAUAGCCAAAUUUGUGCUUUCAGGUAUACUGGCAUAUAUUGAUGGAAGAUUGUGUCGAAGUAUCCCUAACCCUGUAGCUCGCCGAAUUGUGAGUGGCUUUCUGUUGAGUUUUCUUGACCAAAGUUAAUGAUAGAUGAACCAACCCCUUAGCUAGGCUGAUUGUAAAUAGCUGUAGUAUUUUUAAAACCAUUUAUUUAUAUUCCUAUAUUGUAAUGUUGCCCUAGGAAGAUCAUGACAUCAGUCGACCUAUGAAAAUAUAACUCCUCUAAUGUUCCAUAUCGCAACACACUACGCUCUAGUGCAAAUGUAUAUUAAUUAAUUUUUUUAUUUAUUACUUACCUUAGGAAGUUUUUGUC